ACCAAUUUUGUUUCUGUAGUAGAAUUACUCCCCAAAUAUUAUUUUUCUUUUCGAUGAUAGACAAAAGAGUCCAAAAAAAUACUCUACUCCAUCGACGACACUUGCGAGAGAAUAUAUCACCAUGUCGUCGAGCGGCGGCGGCGGCGGUGGGCAGAGGCUGAACAAGUUGCUGGUGAAUGUGAAGAUAGAGAGGAGCCUAGGCCCCGUGCAGGUGAUCGUGUCGCCGGAGAGUCGGGUGAAGGAUUUGAUAAAGUCGGCGGUGGAGAUUUACGUGCGGGAGAAGAGACGGCCGUUCUUGGAGGAGACUGAUCCUCGUCGUUUCCGACUUCAUUACUCCCAGUUCACCUUCCAGAGUUUGGAGGAAGAGGAGAAGCUGGUGAAUUUGGAAUCCAGGAAUUUUUUUAUGUGCUCAAGGCCUUCACCGACCACAACCUCAUCGUCAUCAUCAGCUGGUUGCUCAUCGGAGGACUCUGAAACAAUGGUGGCAAUCAAGUCUCCUUUCCUUUCAAUAAACUGGAUAGACUUCUUGCUUUAGAUGAUAAAAUCAAUGACUAUCAUUGGUGUUGUUUUAUUGAAAUGUCAACUAUAUAUUCUGCAGUGAAAAGUGAAUGAAUGACGUUCCUUGUGGGGUUUUCUUAUGCUUUUUUCCUAUAAAAAGAACAAUUAUAGUAUAGUAUAGUACUGCUGUGAUGAGUAAUUGAUUGUGACACGAAAUACAUAUAAGUAUUAACUGGUCAUUUUGUUUGUGAUUACAGUGAACAAUAACUCCUUCGAGAUCGGAUUCAACUAUCCAAAGAAGGGAGAGUUACUAGCUAGUUACGUUGUGCACCUAGCUAACCAACGGCAGUAAAGCGCUCUCUACUUCGCCAUUGAUUUUGGGGGUUGUGUUUCGUCCUAGGUAUAGUAAAGGGUUAUCGAUUGGGAGAGAUUUUAAGGUCUUGAUUCCAACUUUAAAAUUUAUGUUAGUUUGGACACAAUGUGACUGGAGAAGUGACAGUGGUAAGAGAGAAAUUUCGGAGUUGUAUUACAAUUAAUACAGGAUGUGAAACGAUGAUAAAUAUUGAAUUACGUUGGAAGAGGCAUCCAUGACACCUGCUUCAAUCGAGAGGAAAACACUAAAAGUUUAUAUGUAUUAGAAUGGUGGGAUCGAUGUGUGAACCCUAAACUCCAAUGUUAUCACAACCAAAAUUUAUACCAUUGAACCACAACCAUUUAUAUGAAUUAAUUUUAUCUCCAUUUAUAUUAAUUAAAAUUACCUUCUAGUUUUUAUGUAUUAAUACAUAUGCAUUCUAGUACUUUAUCAAAAUUAAUAAGAGGUGAGUCAUUUUUUGUUUAUUUAUGAUAAUGAUAUUCACAAGAUAAAAUCAUUUUUAUAAGAGAAUGAUAGAAAAUCGAAUUGGACACAUUCAAAACAAAAACCCAUCGUAUAAGUUUGCGAACAAGAGGUUGAUAUUGUAGUAUUACUAUUUGUUUUUAACGUGAAGGUCUCAUGCAUAUUAGCACUAUAAUGAAGGAAGGGGGGAUCACGAGAGUCGCGAUUCGGAUAACCCUUGGCGAAUCCUUGUUUGUUCGACAAUCAAAAUCCAUUUUAGGCUUUACUUUUGUUGGACUAAAGAUUGACUUUAUUUUGAUCAUUGGUGAACCGAAAGCUUACUUUGGUUUGACCAAAGGCCAAACAAAACGUGUUUUUGAACCAUGAACUAACCAAAUUCAUUUUGAUAUGACCACUGAUCGAUGAUCCAAAGAUUGGCUAUGGUUUCAUCAUGAACGGAUCGAAGGUUGGCUUUGAUUUGGCCAUGGACUGAUUGAAUUGACUUCGGCUCGACAAAAAAAAAUCGAAAUCCGAUAUCAAUUUGAAUGCGGGACCAAACAUAUUUCGGUUUCAAUGUCAGUUGGAUCAAACUUUGGCCAUGGUUUACCUAUGGCUGAGCUGAAGCUAUAUUUCUUUUAAGCAUAGAGAUCAAACCUAAUAUAUUUUUAUCACAAAUUCAUUACUUUAAAAUAAUUUAUGUCCUUUUAUCUAAUGAUAAAAUUUAUUUGAAUAUUCAGGGAAAAACUAUUUUUUUGUUUUUCUUUGUGCCAAAAGAUAAAGAUGUAACUUUAAU